AUGUCCAGCACAGCCCCAUUCACCUUCACUAUGAGGGGAAUCAUACUUGCACUAGCGCUCACCCUCGUAGGUAGCCAAAAGUUUGACAUCGACCCUGGAUUCAGCAGCAGAAAGAGCCACUUGUACAGCUAUGAAGGCUGGGUGUUGAAUGGGCUUCAAGAAAAAAGCUUAGCCAAAGCCGGCGUGCGCUUGAGCAGCAAAGUGGAGAUCAGUGGGCUGUCAGAGAACACCUACCUCCUCAAGAUCCGCUCUCCACAAUUCGAGGAGUACAAUGGCAUCUGGCCCAGGGACCAAUUUACUCGAUCUUCCAAAAUCACCCAGAUGCUUUCUUCAUGUUUUACCCGGCCCUUCAAGUUUGAAUACAAUAGUGGACGGGUUGGAAACAUUUAUGGCCCAGAAGACUGCCCCGAUAUGUGUAUUAACAUCGUGAGAGGAAUACUGAACAUGAUCCAGAUAACCAUUAAAAAGUCACAGAACGUGUAUGAAUUGCAAGAGGCUGGAAUUGGAGGUGUUUGCCAUACGAGGUACGUCAUCCAGGAAGACAGGAAGAACAGCCGAGUCUCUGUUACCAAAAGUGUAGACCAAAAUAAUUGCCAGGAAAAAGUGAUGAAGAGUGUGGGAAUGGCUUACGUCUACCCUUGUCCCGUUGACAUGAUGAAGGGAAGGCUCAUAAAAGGGACCGCAGCUUUCUCCUACAAACUGAAGCAGUCAGAGAGUGGUACCCUGAUCACAGAAGUGGUGUCGCAGCAGGUGUAUCAGAUCUCACCACUCAGUGAACCUACAGGUGUUGCUGUCAUGGAAGCAAGACAACAACUCACCUUGCUUGAAGUGAGAAGUGAACGGGGGAGCGUCCCGGACAUUUCCAUGCAGAACUACGGAAGCCUUCGUUACCAGUUCCCAUCCGUAUUGCCACAGAUGCCACUGCAGCUAAUCAAGAUGAAAAACCCCGAGCAAAGGAUAAUAGAAACACUGCAACACAUAGUCCAGAAUAACCAGCAAGAUUUCCACUACGAUGUUCCAUACAGAUUCUUGGAGCUUGUCCAGCUCUGCCGGGUUGCAAGUGCUGAUGCUCUUGAGUCCAUCUGGAGACAAUUUUCAGAUAAACCCCGCUACAGGCGAUGGCUGCUGAGUGCAGUUUCUGCUGCAGGCACUACAGAAGCACUCAAAUUCAUUAAGUCCAGAAUUCGCAAUGAUGACAUCAACUAUCUUCAGACUCUUCUAAGUGUUUCUUUUGCUCUCCAUUUAAUGAAAGCUGACGAAGAUACUGUUCCAAUAGCAGCAGAUUUAAUGAGCAGUUCUCGAAUUCAGAAAAGUCCCAUGCUUCAGCAAGUUGCCUGCUUGGGAUACAGUUCUGUGGUCAAUAGAUACUGUUCUCAGAUCUCAGCUUGUCCAAAAGAAGCUCUUCAGCCCAUCCAUGACCUGGCAGAUGAAGCGAUCAGCAGGGGCCGUGAAGACAAAAUGAAAUUAGCUCUGAAGUGCAUUGGUAACAUGGGAGAACCAGCCAGCAUCAAGCGCAUCCUGAAGUUCCUGCCCAUAUCUUCAUCUGGUGCUUCUGAUAUCCCCACCCACAUUCAGAUUGAUGCCAUAAUGGCUUUGAGAAAAAUAGCUCGGAAGGAUCCCAAAACAGUGCAGGGAUAUCUCAUCCAGAUCCUUGCAGACCAGUCUCUUCCUCCUGAAGUGCGGAUGAUGGCUUGUGCUGUUAUCUUUGAGACACGGCCUGCUCUUCCUUUAAUAACAACGAUAGCUAAUGUGGCAAUGAAGGAGAGCAAUUUGCAAGUGGCCAGUUUUGUGUAUUCCCACAUGAAGGCUUUGUCGAAGAGCUCGUUGCCGUACAUGUACAACAUAUCUUCAGCUUGCAACAUCGCCCUUAAGCUGCUGGCCCCCAAAUUGGACAGGAUGAGCUACCGGUAUAGCAAGGUCAUGCGUGUUGGUGGUUACUCCGAUAACUAUAAAGUUGGUGCUGCUGGAGAAGUCUUUAUUAUGAACAGCCCAGGAACGAUGUUCCCAUCAGCAAUAAUUUCCAAGCUGAUGGCGUAUACUGCAGGGUCAGUGGCUGAUUUGGUGGAGGUUGGUGUCCGUGUGGAAGGCCUCACAGAUGUCAUCAUGAAACGAAAUAUCCCGUUUGCUGAAUAUCCCACGUACAAAAAGAUAAAGGAGAUUGGAAAAGCGCUGCUGGGAUGGAAGGAGCUGCCAACAGAAACCCCCUUGAUAUCAGCCUACUUGAAACUCUUUGGCCAAGAGAUAGCCUACGUCAACAUCAAUAAGGAAGUCCUGCAUCAGGCUAUGAAGACUGUGCUAGAAUCUGCUGACAGGAACGCAGCCAUGAAGAGAAUCGCCAGCCAAAUCCGCAAUGGCAUCGCAGGGCAAUGGACACAGCCCAUGUGGCUGGGGGAGCUGCGAUACAUCGUUCCGACCUGCACUGGUCUGCCGCUGGAGUACGGGUCAUACACAACCGCUCUGGCACGUGCGGCAGUCAACGUUGAUGGAAAGAUGAGUCCCCCUUUAACUGGAGAUUUUAGGCCUUCCCAGUUGCUUGAAUCCACCAUGCAGAUUCGGUCUGACAUAAACCCAAGCUUGUACAUACAGACAGUCGCAACAAUGGGUGUCAACACAGAAUACUUUCAACAUGCUGUUGAGAUUCGAGGCAAGGUCCUGACAAGAGUGCCAAUGAAGUUUGAUGCCAAGAUAGACAUGAAACUGAAAAAUAUUAAGAUUGAAACAAAUCCAUGCCAUGAGGAAACUGAGAUAGUGGUUGGAAGACAUAAGGCUUUUGCAGUAUCAAGAAAUAUAGGAGAACUAGGUGUUGAAAAGAGGACCUCAGUUCUCCCAGGAGAUGUUUCAUCAAAUAUUGUGGAAGAACCUUUCAAGCCAUCAGAGAGAGCUUCCAGUGAAGGUUUCACAAUGCAAGGAGCUGACAGCAUGCCAAGGAAACAUGCCGAUAGCUCUCAAGAGGAUCUUCGCCAUGGCACAGGAAGAAAAGCUCAUAAACGAGACAUUUGCGUCAAACUGCAUCAUCUUGGUUGUCAGCUCUGCUUUUCCAGAAGGUCACAAGAUGCCAGUUUCCUGAAAAAUACGUAUUUGCACAGACUAAUUGGAGAACAUGAAGCUAAAAUAGUCGUGAUGCCAGUUCAAACAGGUGCUGAUAUUGACAAAAUUCAGCUGGAGAUUCAGGCAGGAUCCAGAGCAGCUUCCAAAAUAAUUCAUGUGGUAAACUCAGAGUCUGAGGAAGAGGAUGAGUCAUCUCCAUAUGAGGACGUUCAAGCUAAACUGAAGAAGAUUCUAGGCAUUGAAAAUGUGUUCAAGGUUGCAAAUAAAACACGACACCAGAAGAAGCAGCCUUCUAAGAAAGGCACCACCAUGCUAACAGAGCUUGGGGCGGACCCUGAUGCAAAAAAUCCCUCCAGCUCAUCUUCUGCCUCCUCAGCGGCCUCCUCUUCUGCCUCAUCAUCUGCUGCCUCUCCUGAUCCUAAAAAGGCUGCAGAUCAAGAUGAGAAUGAGCAAGUAAAGCUAAAGGGAGACAAAGAUGCAAGCAGCAAGAGCAGCAGCAGCAGCAGUGGUGGCAGCAAGAGCAAGAGCAGCAAAAGCAGCAGUAGCAAAAGCAGCAGCAGUAGCAGCAGUAGUAAAAGCAGCAGCAGCAAGAGCAGUAGCGGUAGCAGCAGCAGCAAGAGCAGCAGCAGCAGCAGUAGUAGCAAGAGCAGCAGCAGCAGUAGCAAAAGUAGCAGCAGUGGCAGUAGGAGCAGCAGCAGCAGGCGGUCAUUGGGUCACCAUGGCCAUGGGCAUCAUUCAGGACAUCUGGAAGAUGGCAGCAGCAGCAGCAGCAGCAGCAGCAGCGAUGGCAACAGAUAUUCCAGAAUAUGGGACAAUCAUGAGAUCUAUCAGUAUCGCUUUAGAUCAGCGCAUAGACAAGAGUUCCCAAAAAGGAAGCUCCCAGCUGACCAACUUAGCAGCACAUCCUCCUCUACCAGAUCCAGUCGUGCCUCAUCUCGAGCUGCUUCCCGGCCUAAGUUUUUGGGAGAUGUUAAAACACCAGUAUUAGCUGUUUUCCUUCAUCGCAUUCGCAAUGACAAGAAGACAGGAGGACUCCAGCUUGUGGUAUAUGCUGAUAUUGACUCCAUCAGGCCCCGGGUGCAGGUGUUUGUGUCAAACCUCACAGACUCAAGCAAGUGGAAGCUCUGUGCUGAUGCUUCAGUCCUCAAUGCUCACAAGGCAGUGGCUUACCUGAAAUGGGGCCGGAAUUGCCAGGACUACAAGAUUUCGACUGAGCUGGUAACUGGGCGGUUUGCUGCCCACCCUGCUGCACAAGUGAAAGUGGAGUGGCCUAAAGUUCCUUCGAGUGUCAGAUCCAUAGCAGACUGGUUUUACAAGUUUGUCCCUGGGGCUGCAUUUAUGCUGGGGUUCUCUGAAAAAAUGGACAAGAAUCCUUCUCGACAAGCCAGGGUGAUCGUGGCCCUAACUUCUCCAAGGACAUGUGAUGUUGUUGUCAAGCUUCCUGAUAUGAUCCUCUACGAAAAAGCCAUGAGGCUUCCCCUGCCACUCCCUGUAGGUCCGAGGAUACCAGCUUCAGAGCUGCAGCCUCCCAUCUGGAAUGUCUUUGCUGAAGCCCCCUCUGCAGUGCUUGAGAAUUUGAAAGCUCGCUGCUCCGUUUCCCACAACAAGAUCACAACCUUUAAUGAUGUUCAGUUUAACUACACAAUGCCGGCAAACUGCUACCACAUCUUGGCUCAGGAUUGCAGCUCCGACCUUAAGUUCCUGGUGAUGAUGAGGAAUGCUGAAGAAGGCCUGAACCUGAAAGCAAUCAACAUCAAGCUCGGCAGUCAUGAAAUUGAUAUGCACCCUGUGAACGGACAGGUGAAACUGCUGGUAGAUGGGGUUGAAAGCCCCACCACGAACGUUUCAUACAUAUCUGCUGGUGCUCCUCUGUGGAUCCACAGUGAAAAUCAAGGGCUUGUACUUGUUGCCCCAGCCUAUGGCAUUGAUAAACUGUACUUUGAUGGAUACACAUUCAGGAUUCAAGUUGCUUUAUGGAUGGCAGGGAAAAUGUGUGGAAUGUGUGGAAAAUAUGAUGCAGAAUGUGAAGAGGAGUACCGGAUGCCCAAUGGAUAUGUAGCUAAAGAUGCGGUGAGCUUCGGGCAUUCUUGGAUUUUGGAAGAAAAGCCUUGUACAGGAGCCUGCAAACUGCGACACUCCUUUGUGAAGCUUGAGAAGACAGUUCAGCUUGCGGGUGUCGAGUCCAAGUGCUAUUCUACAGAGCCCGUGCUGCGCUGCAUGAAAGGGUGCUCAGCCACCAAGACUACCCCAGUCACUGUUGGUUUCCACUGUCUGCCAGCUGACUCAGCGACCAGCCUGACGGACAAACAGACAAAGUUUGACCAGAAGUCAGAGGACAUGCAGGACACUGUUGAUGCACACAUAGCAUGUUCUUGUGAGAACGAAGACUGCAGUGCAUGAAGCUGUACUUUGUAGCACAGGAGAAAACAGAAACACUUGAAUGUUUUUAUUAUGCGGUGUAAGAAAACUCAUCUUAAGAAAUAAUACGGAUACUAAAUUAAGUGUUUA